UCAGUCCUAGCUCCUAGGCACAUUUUUGUUGUAUUAUAUAAACACACUUCUAUAAAAGGAAACAUACAUUAAAAGUAGCAAAAAAAAAUCCCCAUUAUAUUGCAAUAUCAGUUAUUAUGCACUACACCAAUAUUAUUAUACACCAGUGUAUGACAAAUAAAUUUUAUGAUACAUACCUGAAGAUUUAGCAGUUGCCACAAAACAUACUGUAUUGCAUCUUGAAAGGUAAAAUGGGACUGAUUUUGGAACAUGCAUCAACAGAAAUACUAUAUAUCUUUGCUCUGGCCGUUUUCUCAAUUUAUUGGUAUCUAACAAAAAAUUACAAUUAUUGGGAGAAGAGAAAUGUGCCACAUAAAAGACCAGAGUUUCCUUUUGGAUCGACAAAGGAAAUUGCACUUGCAAAAACAUUCACCGGAAAAGCUCAUGACAACAUAUACAACGAGUUUCCAAACGAAAGAUACUACGGUAUAAUAGAAUUCAGGAAACCAGCAUUGGUAAUAAAGGAUCCGGAGUUGAUAAAAAAAAUUAUGGUAAAAGAUUUCCAGCACUUUGUAGACAGACCGGUUUUAAUGGGUAAUCCUGAUGAAUACAUACUAAAGCAUCUACUUACUUUAAAAGGCCAAGAGUGGAAAGAAAUGCGGUCAAAACUAACACCAACUUUUACCUCUGGAAAAAUGAAACUUAUGUUUCAGUUGAUGGAGAAAUGCAGCGAACAGUUAAAAGAACAAAUUGAAUCAGAAAUAGAGAAAAAUAGUACGAUUGAUGCAAAAAAUCUGCUUGCAAGAUUUACACUGGAGAUAAUAGCGUCUUGUGCUUUCGGGAUAGAGACUAACGCCAUAGCAGAUCAAAAUACUGAAUUUUAUCGUAUAUUCGGCAAAACCAUGAAAACAAACAUGCUUCGUUACAUCAGGAGAAUCUUUCUGGUGGUAUUUCCUGGCCUCAUUAGUUUACUCAGGAUCAACCUGGUGAAGCCUGAAACUAGAGAUUUUGUAACUAAUCUUAUCAAAGACACCAUAGAAUACCGUAAAAAAAACAACAUAAAGAGAAAUGACUUCUUAGACUUGCUUACCAAUGUGAAACCCAUAAAAUCUUCAGAAGAAAAUGGUCAUGAAAAUGGAGAGAGGCCCUGUGAUAAGUCAGAUGGUCUCACGAUAGAGCAAAUGUCAGCCCAGACGUUUGUCUUCUUGAUCGCAGGAUUUGAAACUGCAUCAUCGCUAAUGUCUUUUUGCCUUUACGAGCUGGCCAGACAUCCUAAAAUCCAGGAGAGACUUCACCGAGAAGUUAAAGACGCUGUGGAAAGGAAUGGAGGGAAAAUGUCUUACCAAUUGCUACACGAAAUGCCUUAUCUAGAUCAAGUUAUCAAUGAAGCACUUCGUCUGUACGGGACAGGACAGGUUCUAACUAGAGUGUGUACACAACCGUACCAAGUGCCAGACUCAGACCUCCUUAUAGAGAUGGGCAUGAAGAUUAUCAUCCCUUUGUUCUCGCUGCACCACGAUCCUCACUACUAUUCCGAUCCUUACACCUUCGACCCAGAGAGAUUCAGUGACGAUCAGGUCAAGAAACGACAUCCUUACGUCUUCAUGCCUUUUGGAGAAGGACCAAGAAACUGCAUUGGUAUGCGUUUUGGGCAAACUCAAGCAAAAGUAGGCUUAGCGACUGUGGUGUUGAACUUCUUAGUAGAUCUCUCACCCGAACAAGAGGUUCCAAUUGCAAUCGACAACAAAGCAAUCGUAAUGAUGCCAGCCAAGCCUGUCCUUUUAAUGCUUCAAAAGAGAACAUGAAACUUGAGAUAGUAAGAUAAUACAAUGAGGAUUCUGUAUUCUUUAUCAACACACAGUUGCUAGUUGAUCUUAACAAGAUCUUUACAGUGCCGUCAUCUGACACGGAGUGUUGUCAAAUGGCUCCUUACAGGGCCGGCUCCAUAGGAGGGCAGGCCAGGUAGGCCUGGGCUUACCCAAAAUUUUGGUAGAUAUUUCAUAAUUAUAGAUAAAUAAAGACAUUUAAUUAUAUGUAAAUAAAGGGAAAGCGUUAAAACUCA